AUGAGACUGUCUCUAGCUGUGCUGACAGCUGCGCUUCAAGCGACUGUCGGCACGGCCUCGACCUUGACUCCGCCUGUCUUGCCUUUGAUCGUGCGGAACCCCUACCUAAGUACUUGGCUGGGCAAUGCCCGCGAUGUGCCUUGGUCGAAAUGGCCUAUGUUCUAUACCGGAGAGGAAAUUGGUCUUGGGUUGAUGGCCCAGGUCCCCAGCACGGGCACAGUGUAUCCCCUACUGGGCAAGCCGCAUGAGAGUCUAACAGAGUCAAUACCAUUAGAAUACCCCACAUAUCUUGGAGCAAAAUACGAUGCGUCUACCACGAAUCUAACAUACAGUAUCAAGUAUUUAGCAGAUUCUACGCCGCUCAAUAUCACAGUCUCGUUCCUAUCUCCCAUAACGCCGACAUCGACUCUGCGGCAGUCGAUUCCGGCUUCUUAUAUAACUGUAUAUACUGAGAGUGAGGUGACUGUUAAUGUUUACCUAGACAUCAAUGGCCGUUGGGUCAGCAAUGACGCAAAUAGCAAGAUUACUUGGCAGUUUGAGACGGAGCGGGCUUCUCUACAAACCUCGCCAACCCUACAGAGAUGGACUUUGCAAAGAGAGAACCAAUUGCUUUUAUCUGAACUGCAUGAUAGGGCAGAAUGGGGUGCCAUCCACCUCACUGGUCCUGCUGAUGUCCAAUACCAGUCCGGAUCGGCUCCAUCAGUGAGACGUACAUUCGCUGCGCGAGGUUCUUUGACAAACGUGAAUGAUGCUGGUUUCCGGACGAUAGGAGACCGGGAGCCUGUCUUCGCCUUCUCCAAGUCGUUCGUGCCCUCCCGGAAGUCCGGCCUGACGACCGAUAGCGUCACCUUCACCAUUGCCCUAAUUCAGGACCCGGUCGUGCAGUACGCUUCGGCGCGCGGUCUGACUAUGAUGCGCCCUCUCUGGAAAUCGUGGUUCAACAGUGUUGAAUCGUUAUUGAGUUUCCACUAUUUUGACUUUGCCAAUGCCGCAUCCCUGGCUUUCAACUACUCUCUGCAAUUGGCCGAGGAUGCAUAUCAGUCUGGUGCACAAGACUAUGUCGAUAUAGUGGCUCUUUCCGCUCGACAGGUGAUGGGUGCGACGACUUUCUCGGGCACUCCAGAAGACCCAAUUCUAUUCCUGAAGGAGAUAUCUUCCAACGGGAACUUCCAGACUAUCGAUGUCAUUUUCCCCUCUUUCCCGUUCUUCUUGUAUACGAACCCGCGCUGGCUUGCAUAUCUUCUUGAGCCUUUGAUAGAGCACAUGCUUAGCGGGCAAUAUCCCAACAAGUACGCUAUGCAUGAUUUGGGGACGCAUUUCCCCAAUGCCACUGGACAUCCCGACGGAAAGGACGAAUAUAUGCCGGUGGAAGAGUGCGGCAACAUCCUCAUAAUGGGACUGGCAGUCGUGAACUCGAUGCUCUAUGAUGAAGAUUCCGCUGCGUCAUCGAUCUGGUCCACACAAGGUGAAGCAGCGCCCGUCACGGAAGAUAACGCUGGCUUCUUCCCUCUGAAUGAGUUUCAGACUCUCUCGGGUAUCGCGUUACAGGAUGGAAAAUGGGGAGGCCCUGCCUCUGGGCGUCGUCAAGCCGAAGCAUGGAUCCAGCGCAGCUACAGUCUCUGGACACAAUGGACCGGCUAUUUAAUCGAGUACGCACUGGAACCUGAGAGACAGCUGUCUACCGAUGAUUUCGCCGGCUGGCUUGCGCUUCAGACAAAUUUAGCCCUAAAAGGCAUUAUUGGAAUCAACGCCAUGAGCAAACUUGCCGAGAUCGGUGGAUACACAGAAGACGUCGUACACUACAAGAAUAUCUCUGACACCUACAUCACCAAAUGGGAAGAGUUAGGCAUGUCGCGAGACGGCAUCCACGCCAAACUCUCCUAUAACUGGUAUGGCUCCUGGACAACGAUCUACAACCUCUACGCCGAUGCCCAGCUCUGCUUUCAUCUCGAAAACACCCCUCUCGAUCGCUCUCCAUUCUCACCCAUGCAAGACGACAAUUCCCAAACCCCUCUCAACAGCAAACCUCAACAACCAAAACAAGGCUUCGUGCCCCAGCACAUCUAUACCAAACAAUCAAAUUGGUACCACAACGUGCGCCAGAGAUAUGGCCUCCCGCUGGACAGCCGCCAUCUUUACACAAAGACGGACUGGGAGUUCUUCGCCGUCGCUGUCGCGUCCCAGAGCGUCCGCACUGAGAUUCUCGAGUCCGUGGCUAAAUGGGUUAACGAAACAUCCACCGACCUGCCAUUUACGGAUCUCCAUGAUACGGAGGGGAGCGGGGGAUUCCCCGGGCCCAAUUUCUAUGCGAGACCGGUUGUUGGUGGACAUUUUGCUUUUUUGGCGCUGCAGAGGGCUUGUGGAGGGAAAGCAGUAGAAGGGUUAAGGUUCUUGGAUGAUGAUACUUAUUCUGAGAAGGUUGAUGAUGCGUACGAGGACUUUGUUAGAGAGGAUUUGUGA